AGUUUUUGCAUAUUUACAGUUGUGCCCUGAUAGACCUUUCUGUACACUGAGGGAUAUUAAGUGCCCUGGCUUCCAUUUAUCCUUCUCAUACUUUUCCAUAAGUAUGUUGCAAAUGUUCCUUUUACUUAACAAUCAAGUCAGGACAUCUUUAUUGCAAUCCCUGUGUGAUUUAUUGUGUAAAACAUAUUUAAAAAAGAGGCCAAGGUAGGUGAUUUUUAUGCAUACAGGGUGUGCCCUGUCUUUGAGAACUGUAAGUAGCUUCACUCCUUACUGGCACUGCAGGAUGAUGAUGCUGCAUAGCUGCCCAAUAAAGUUUUAAGAGGCCAAAGGGCAUGUUAUAAUGAGAUUUCACAUUUCAGAAUGAUUCUCUUUUUAUAUGCAUGUGCUUUUGAACACUGACCCCAUAAAAACAUUAAGUAUUGGUUAAUUUUUUAUUUGUUUUCAGACGAUUUACCCUCCCAAGUGUAUUUGUCUGUCGCAGGGUAUAAAUAGCAGAGAGCCGGACGCUUUGCCACCAUCUUCUUGGAUAUUGGAGACAGAGAAACUGGUUUAGUUUUGAGGAAUCUAAGAAUUACAAGCUCUCAUCCAGUCUUCUCUUUUCAAAUUGGGAGCCACUGAUUAUCCUCUUCUUCUCCCAUCCAUUGUCCACAAUGUCCAUACUAAAGGCAGUUGCGGUGCCCACUGGCUGCAACCCUCUUGCCACAGUGUGUUCAGGCACAAACUGCCUUGUUCCUCCCAGUAACUUCAAUGACAUACUGAGCCUGGUGCUGAGCAUAGUGCUCACAGUAAUGCUUGCUAUGGUCAUGUUCUCCAUGGGCUGCACGGUGGAUUCCAAAAAGCUGUGGGGCCACAUCAGAAGACCCUGGGGCAUCUUCAUUGGCUUCCUCUGCCAGUUUGGCAUCAUGCCUUUCACAGCCUUCGCCUUAUCAUUGGCCUUCGGUGUGCUGCCUGUGCAGGCUAUUGUCAUCAUCAUCAUGGGCUGCUGUCCUGGUGGCUCCGGCUCCAACAUUAUCUGCUACUGGCUGGAUGGAGACAUGGACCUGAGUAUCAGUAUGACAGCCUGCUCCUCUAUCCUGGCCUUGGGGAUGAUGCCUCUCUGUUUGCUCAUUUACACCUCCACCUGGACUUCUGAAAACACCAUCGAGAUCCCAUAUGACAGUAUUGGUAUUACUCUAGUUGCCCUUCUUAUUCCAAUUGCUGUGGGAAUGUAUGUUAAACGCAGAUGGCCCCACGUGGCAAAAAAGAUCCUUAAGGUAGGGUCCUUUGCAGGCUUUGCUCUCAUUCUCAUCAUAGCAGUGGUUGGAGGAAUUCUCUACCAGUCCUCCUGGGACAUUGAUCCCUCAUUAUGGAUUAUUGGAACUAUCUACCCCUUCAUUGGUUUCGGCCUGGGGUUCUUGUUGGCCCGCGUUGCAGGUCAACCCUGGAACAGAUGUCGAACCAUCGCGUUGGAGACGGGUUUCCAGAAUUCCCAGCUGUGCAGCACCAUUGUCCAGCUGUCCUUCACCCCUGCUGAGUUGGAGAUCAUGUUUGCAUUCCCCCUCAUCUACAGCAUCUUCCAGCUCGUGGUAGCAGUUAUAUCUGUGGGAGGCUACCAGACAUAUAAAAGGUUUUGUGGCCGUGGCUCAGUGGAUGCGGACAGUGAGGCGCCAACCCUGGAAAAUGCUGAUGAUGAAUCAGCAAAAAAGAAUGGACAUGCUGUGGAAAAUAGUGCCUUUGAGUUUGAUGACAAUGGCAUCAUAGAAGAGAAGGGUAAGGACGUCAAAAAGGUCACCCAGCUGUGAGAUUACAGAACCUUGGAUCAAAGACUUUGGACUUUUAGCAUGAACAUAUAAGGCCACAGCACUACUGAAGACAGCAGCUGAACGCAACACUGUGAACACACACUGCACUCUGCAGGCUGGAGGUGUGCACUACACGUGCUGUUCUGAUCCACAUUGGAAAUCAUUUUGCAAGGACAGGGGUGCCUAAUCGCCUUCCCUAGUGUGGCCAACAAUUACGGGGGUGCAGACUUACACACUGCAUUAUAUUAUGUAUUGUAUUGAGAUAUUAGGCCCUUCUUUACCUUAAGUUUUUCAUAUAUUAUAAUUUGCAACAAGUUACAUUCUGUCAGAAAGCCUGUUGUGCCCAUGUUCCUUGAUCAACGGAUUUAUUUGUGUCUUCUUUACACGUCUUAUUAAUAAGGCAAACUGAAUAUCCAACGCUGUUUAUGCGGUUUAACCAUAUGUCCGUAUGCAAAUAUUUACUGUACUUUGCGCUGAAUGGUGUCAAAAUGAGGAAUUGUGUGCACUUUUGAGAGACAUUUUUUUACAAUCGUCAAACCUACUAAAAGAGCAUACUGUUUUUAUGUUUAUAAAAGAGGUUAUGUAUUUUUUUAAUUAUUUUUCUCUAUUCUAAUGUAGCAGAUGAAAUCAGUGGUAACUACAGACCAUUGUUGGCCCUUGGGCACUGAUGCAAACUUAUGUUGCGUGUUCUCUGCUCUAUCCCAUUCUUUUAAGCCUCAUUUAUACGAGUACAUAAAUAAAAGUAGGGGUGAUAGGGCUCAGAUGAAUCUUGGCAUUUUGAAACAUGCAAGCUUGUGGUUUUACAUAUCCAUCCAAACUGAAGAAACAGGGGUAUGCAGUAAUCCCAGUAUAUUUAUGAAACAUAUUCACACUUCACAUAUUCACAUUCAUAAUUUAUUAGUCAUUGUGCAAAUGUGAAAAACACAGAACUGAGAUUUUCAGGGAUGUACAUUAACAAAAUAUUUUUGCAGAGCCUCUUCUCCUAUUUACAACUAUGUUUAAGAAAUGUGUCUUCUGAAAUGAUGAGUUUGUAUCCAUUUUGUGUGGUCUAUUUUGUUGUAAUAAUUACAACAGAUGUUUUGAUGUGAAUGUAAG